UUUAAACAGUAGGCCUCCGUAGGAAUUCUUCAAUCUUGCCUAAUCACGAGAGCCUUAAUCCAAAUCUUAUACUUCACAAAAAAUGUCGGUUCCCAUACUCGAGAGUAGCUUCCUAGCAAACCGUCUUACAUCAAACUUCAAACCCCAGAGAAAAAUCAAUACAAUCCCUGUAAAAACUGUUCUCAUCUCAUCCAAACACAGCGAGGAAGAUUUUCCUAGUAAAAGUGAAAACCAGUUUGGAAAAUUGGCACUGGUUGCAUUGGCUGCUGGGGUGUUGACACUGGGCUCAGUUGAUCCUGCUUCAGCCGCCAAAACUGGUGGUCGGGUCGGCGGCCAGGCCUUCCGGUCAUCUGCGCCGCGCUCCUCUGGCCCAAGAAUCAACAAUUCAAGAACCAAUGUGUAUGUCAACCCACCAGUUGCUCCUCCUUUAGUUGGUGGAUACGGAUAUGGUUUUGGUGUGCCAUUUUAUGGUGGAUGGGGUUGGUCUCCCUUUUCAUUCUUUGCGCCAGGUCCCAGUGUUGCUGUUGGCAUUGGAGGUGGAGUUGAACUCUUUGCUUUAUUUUUAUUCCUUGGUGCAGUUUCUGCUGUUGUUAGGCGAUUACGUGGAUCAAGAGAUGAAGAUGAUGAUGAUGGAUACUAGUCUAGAGAAAACUCGUCUAGACAAAUGUCAAAUGAAAUUAUGUAUAUUUUUGUAAACGAGAUUAAAUCCUUGACACUGCGGUAUAAUUCAGUUCUUUAGACAAAAAUAUGUGCACAAUCCUUUAUUCAAUGUCAUCCUGUCUGUGCAGAAUACACUUCAGAAGGUGGGACCAA